AUAUAUAUAUAUACAUAAUGUUUUUAGUUCUCUCCUCAUUGCUAUCUUCUCCAUCAAACUCAUUAGUGUUUUUGUUCAGUAAACAGCAGCAACAACAAUGGAAGCUAUUCAAGCUUGGGUUUCAGAACACAAACUCACCACCAUUGGAGCUCUGUGGGCAUCUGGGAUUGGAGCAUCGCUGGCCUAUACCCGAUCAAGAACUCCCCUCAAGCCAAGUCUCCGCCUUAUUCAUGCCAGGAUGCAUGCUCAGGCAUUGACCUUAGCGGUUCUUUCCGGCGCGGCCGUCUACCACUACUACGACAACAAAAUUGGGAGAGACCGAUCUGAAGCUCCUCCGGUUUCAGGGGGAGGGAAAUGAAAGAAUGGAUAAGCGGAGAGUGGUAUUGUUCUAAAGGAGGGAUGAAGGAUGAAUCAUUUUGUGUAAAUGAAAUUAAGGAUGUUGAUGAAAGAUUAUUAAGUUUGAAUUAAUGCAUCGUCUGUAGUCUAAGUUCUAAAGCUUGGUUACUCUGAAUUUUUCCAACUCUUAAUUAAGUAGCAUAUAUUUCACUGCCCUAAAUUUCUAAUACCACCGUGGCACUCUUGUUGGUUCGACACAAUGAUUUCACACUUCAUUACCAUUUUGCUCCUUGAAAUAAAUUGAGAUGGAUAGUAGAAUUUGAUAA